AUGCAGUUCACCAUCCAAAAGACUUUUUUCGCUGCCCUGGCUAUCGGGUUGCUCCCUUCGGCAUUUGCAGGGGAGUGCGUCUCUUACACAGGCUCGUGCCCAUCUGACAAACCUCAUUGUAUGUGGACGAGCGGCGCAACCAAAAUUUGCUGUCCUUGGCCGGACCACCUCAAUCCUUGUUAA